AUGCCUGUAUACAUUGUCAAGGAAGCCUUUAAGGGGAACAUAACCUGGCUUCCCAAUGGCUUCACCUUUAUUAAAGUCGUGGCUAUCCUGUCCGCCAUUGCCCUCUUAAAAUGGUACUCGACGGGCAGACCGAACACCUCGGAGCGGCAGAUGCACGGGAAAGUGAUCAUGAUCACCGGCGGCACAUCUGGAAUCGGAGCUUCCGUCGCCCUUGAACUCGCGCAACGAGGCGCGCAGAUUGUUCUCCUGACCCACCAACCGCCCUCCGAUAUGUUCAUUGUCGAUUUUAUCGAAGACCUACGCGACCGGACGGGAAACGAGUUGAUAUACGCGGAGCAGGUGGAUCUAUCUUCUCUCUACAGUAUCCGACAAUUUGCUACGAAAUGGAUCGAUAACGCUCCUCCCCGGCGACUCGACAUGAUUAUCCUAUGCGCGGCGACGCUCACCCCGCCUGGGAAACCGAGGGUCGUCACGAGAGAAGGAAUCGAGGAGACAUGGAUGGUGAACUACCUAGCGAACUUCCACCUACUCAGCAUCCUGAGCCCUGCGAUCCGCGCGCAGCCGCCGGAUCGCGACGUGCGCAUCGUGUUCGCGACGUGCUCCUCAUACGUGAAUUCCGCGCCGGUCGACGACGGCAGCGUCGCGAUGACGAAGAAGGAUUGGACGCCGGCGAAGGCAUACGCGAGGAGCAAACUCGCACUGACGAUCUUCGGACACGCGUUUCAGAAACAUUUGGACGCGUAUAAGAGACCCGAUGAGAUGCCGAUGAAUGCGCGCGUGAUAUUCGUGAACCCGGGAUAUUCGCGGACGCCGGGGAUGCGACGGUGGCUGACGCGUGGGACGCUCUGGGGACUAUCGAUAUAUUUGGUUUUGUGGCAGACGGUUUGGAUCUUGUUGAAGAGCGCGGAGGGCGGAGCACAGAGUUUCUUAUACGCGGCUAUGGAAGGUAGCUUGGGGCGAGGGAGCGGCGGAAAAUUGAUCAAGGAGUGUCAGGAGAUAGGGUUCGAAAGGAGCGAUGUGAAAGACGAGGCCGUGGCGAAGAAGCUCUGGGAGGGCAGCGAGAAGCUGAUCGAACGAGUUGAGAGGGAGGAAGCCGUCCGCCGAGCCCUAGAGAAGAAGGAAAAAGAAGAGCUGGAGAAGAAGCAGAAAUCGAACAAGGACAAGAACCAGCAGAACGACGAGAAGAAGCCCGCCCCCGCGACAAAGGCACCCGAGACCAAGUCUCGAAAGCAGAAGAAAGCUAAAUAG